AUGGUCUCGCCACCGACAAGGCGCCCUCCGCCCAGCAACGGCUCCGCGCUCGGCCCUGUUCCCCCGACACCUGCUGACUGGAUCGAUCAAGACGCCCAGCAAGCGACCCCAACACCUUCGCGGGGCAGGGCUGCUGGCCUGACGAUUGAUACCACCCAGCCUGCCUCUUCGAGUCAGGUCACCGAAUUGACAAGCUCCGCCAGUCUUAGUCGUGCUGGUGCUGUGCGUCUCGACAAGACCAUCGUUCAGAGGCGAGCCGAGAGCCGGACGAGACAACACGAGUCUAUGGACGGCAUCCUACAACCAAUGCAAUUGACCGAUAUUGUGGUCCCGAGUGCCACUACCUUGUCCCGACGACGGACCAUUAACAAAUCUACCCCGAGGAGCGGAGGCAGAACCAUGCAGGACACGCCCCAGACUGGGGGGAGCGACUCUCAACGAGACCCGUUGAGUCUUACACCCAAAGCUCUAGGGUCUGCGCACGGGACUGGUCGGGACAUGGCAACACCCCCUUUUUCACCACGUCCCGGGAAAGCCCCCGCCACUGAUCCUCGAGGUGUUACACCGAAAGCACUCCCAACGCCGCCGCUUCACAGUCGCUCGGCUUCAGCCUCUCAGACUCGAGGCGGCAGAUCAGGCUCCUUGGGUCGGGUUGCGGUGACGCCCUCCGACAGCGCCCCAUCUUCAUCAACAACGGUGCCCAAAACUGUGGUCGUGUCUCAAACAGCCGAUCAGUUCUGUCAGGGGACCAUUGAAAGAUUUGAGGCUUUUGCGGCCAGCGAAGCCGCUGCCACAUCCGAUGGAGACCGAGUCCGGCUUUUUGCAGACUUUAUCGUCAGCGAGUCGAGGAUUCGUCGCGAGCGAUAUGCUUCGGCGAUAGGGGCUAUGGGGUCUGAGAUAUUUGAUCUGACGAGGGAUCUCUUCCGGCCCAUGGCGGCCAGGCGAGAAUCCGGGAUCUAUCCAGGCCAGAGCCAAUUCACGCCGCUGUCAUCUCAGCCCUCUCGAUCGCACCGUGGGUCCAUUGACUCUGCGUACCGAGACAUCGCUGGGCAGUCGAGCUCAGCACCGACAUCUGCCAAUACACCAAGCUCGCCCUUGGCUGGUCCACCAAACAAUGGUACAUGGGCGUCCAACUACAUGCCUUCUCUUUCUCCUAUUCUGAGCCUCAGCGUCAGUGGGAAUGGGGACGGUAGUUCUCGAGGCCGGCCGCCCAGCAGAUGGUGGGAAUCAGACUCGGCAGGAACUGGUGGUCAUUUGAUGGAGAGGUCCAAACGCGAAUCCAAGUACAUGGGCAUGCCAAAAGAAGCCCGCGAGGCUCUGCAAUGGGGAGACAGUCCGGUCCAAGACGAACUGCACACGGGCAUCAGUGAGCCUGAGUUUUCGGCAGGCUAUCCGCCCGAGAAGACGGGUUGGCAUGACCAGGAGUCCGCCCUGACUCCCCAGCCCGUUGGCAUUCGCAGUUCGACGCAGUCCCUCACCUCGUCGGCCUCGCCAACGACCCCAGGUCCAGCACAAUUGGAUAUUUCUCGUCUUGUGACUCUGCCUCCUCCGUAUCCUCGCCACCACCCGGCCGUGAAUAACAACCACCCCGAACUCACGGCGACGCGCACGGCUGUGAGACAGAUCAGCGAUCUUUCCGAAAUCGAACAUGCUAGGGCGCGAUACCAGCAAACGAGCCGCAAGAAGCGGGAAGAGGCCACCAAAGCUGCUUCGGAGCGACGAUCGGCUCUGCGCAGUAACCUUCAACAAGAAAUCAACUCGGGCAAUAUGUCCUUUGCAGAGGCUUCCGCGAUUGAGCAAGAUUCGAAUGAGAGCGAAAGAGAGGGAAUCAAGGACCUGGAAAAGGCCGACUUCGAACAUUUCCAGAGCCAAGUCGUGAUCCCUCUGAACGAGCUCCUCACUGGCCGCAUCACCAAGGCGAACGCGCUCUUUGACGGGCUCGCCAGUCGUCUGUUUGACGACGUGGAAAGCGCAGCGGACAUGCCGCAAGAGGAGGGAGACGACAAGCCAGAACUCCUGGAGAAGUUGACGCUGCUGAAAUGGAUUUUUGAGGCAAGCGAGGUUCUGCAUCGGGCCAACUACGACUUGCUGUCGGACCGCAACGACCGGUACCGCGACGUUGUCGUCACGCCGUACCGGCUUGCGAAUAACCAAGAAAAGGUGCGGUCCGCCGAGGCCUUCUUCGCCGAGGAUGCGGCGAAACGACAGCUGGCCUUUGCCAACGAGGUACUCGAGAGGACGCGGACGUUUCAGAACGUCAUGGAGCAGAACGUCGUGCGCGGCGUCGAGGUACAGCUGUCGGCGUUCUGGGACAUUGCGCCCCCACUCAGCCGGCUGCUCGACAAGGUGCCGGGAGACCUCAGCGGAGGAGGGUUCCGGGUGCAGAUUCCGGCGCAGGAGUACCAGGAGAACCCGACGUAUCACCAGCACCCGUUACAGUACCUCUUUAGCCUUGUGCUGCACGCCGAGAAGAGCACGUACCAGUUCAUCGAGUCGCAGACCAACCUGCUCUGCCUGCUGCACGAGGUCAAGGAGGCGACGGCGCAUGCACAUGCCAAGGUGGUGCAGGACGAGGAGGGCGGCGAGCGGGCGGACGCGCUGCGCCAGGAGGAGGAGAAGAGGCUGACGGAAGACCUCAAGGAGAAGGUGCGCGUCGUCCAGGACCAGUGGCACAGCGCACUGGGCGAGGGCGUCAAGGGCGUAAAGCAGACUGUGGGCGAGUGGCUCCUGCAGACGGGCGGUUGGGACGAGACGCUUGAGGAUGGCGGCGUGGGCAGCGUGUGA